AACUCCAAGCGUGUGUCUCGCCGAACUCGCAGGUAGUGAGGGGAAAAAAGAUACAAGCAAAUCUGGAGAUAGCAAUGGCAAUGACUCAGUAAUGUAUAUCUACGUACUCGCUACUCUUUUCAAGUGCUAGAAACUCUUAUUUCGUGUCGACGUGAUUACCUCGACACAGCAGAUCGGUUCUCGGGCAGUUGGUCCUCUUCCAUCCGCGCCAUGGCCUUCUCCAUGAGCAAGCGAGCAGCAUGCUCCUGUUUCCAAUGGGCCAAGUUGGCGAGCACCUCUUCUCGAACGACUCUUCGAGCGAGACACUACGCCAGUGCUGCUACCGUGCCUACAUCUUCUAGCUCCCACCUUUCAAACCAAGCUGGGAUCCGACAUGAGUCCUCAGUGCCCAACCCAGACCCGUCCGCGGACUCGCCAACUACGGCCUUUCUGAAGCAGACCGCUCCUUACAUGGUUCCUACCUACGUCCGGCCGCUUCCCAUGUUUGUCAAAGGAGAUGGAUGUGUUUUGUACGACAAUGAGAAUAGAGCAUACCUCGACUUCACUGCAGGCAUAGCGGUCAACUCUCUGGGCCAUGCGGAUCCCGAGAUAUGCAGGAUCAUAGCCCACCAAGCACAGCAGCUGAUCCAUGCCUCGAAUUUGUACCAUAACCCCUGGACGCCGACGCUUUCCAAAUUGCUGGUGGAAGAGACCAAGAAACAGUCACCCGGCUCACACUUGAGUCAGGUCUUUAUUUCCAAUUCGGGCUCCGAGGCCAACGAAGCAGCCAUAAAGUUUGCCCGGAAGGUGACUUAUGCCAAAGACCCAACCACCAAGCAGAGAGACAUUGUUUCCUUCCAUGGCUCUUUCCACGGUCGUACAUACGGAUCGCUGUCAGCGACCCCUAACAAGAAGUACCAGCCUCCCUUUGGCCCCAUGUUGCCCGGCUUCCACUAUGGCACGUUCAACGACGUGGAGGGUGUGCAGGACCUGAUCACGGAAAACACUGCUGGUGUCAUUGUUGAGCCGAUUCAGGGAGAGGGAGGCAUCAACGUGGCAACACCAGAAUUCCUACAGGCUCUCCGCAAGAGAUGCGACGAAGUGGGCGCUGUCUUGAUUUUUGAUGAAAUUCAAUGUGGUCUCUCCCGCACAGGGGAUCUAUGGGCUCACACAGCGUCAGGAGUUCAGCCUGAUAUCCUGACAUCUGCAAAAGCACUUGGAAACGGCAUCCCAAUCGGUGCGACACUGGUCUCCGGCAAGACGGUCGGCCCCUACAUUCAGACAGGAGAUCAUGGCACGACCUUUGGCGGCAAUCCUUUUGCAUGCCGAGUCGCCCAUCAUGUAUUUGAGCGUCUGGCCAAACGUAAGCUACAAGAAGAAGUGCGGGUGAAAUCCACCUUGUUCUUUAGUGCUUUCGAGACCAUGAAGCAGAAGUUCCCUGGUGUUGUCACGGAGAUUAGGGGUAAAGGCCUGAUUGUCGGUUACCAACUGAGCGACUCAGCCAAAGGCAAGGCAUCAGAAGUGAUUACAGCUGCACGAGAAAGAGGUUUGCUGGUCAUUACGGCCGGCGACGGGGUACUCAGGGUUGUCCCGCCGCUGGUCAUCUCGCACGAAGAGAUCAACCGAGGCUUGGCCAUUCUAGAGGAAGCCAUGGAUGUUGUUUAUAACAAGCCGGCCGAAGUUGAUGGGACGCAAGGUCAGCAAGAGAUGAGCGGCCGCUGAGCAGCAGCCCGUAUUUCAAAGAAGUUAAACAGUCAAUUUCAAAAAAGAGGAAAACCAAAGAAAGAAUAGCAGGUCUACUCUGUCUGAUCUACUCCCGUCCUAUCUUGUCUCUCCCAAUGGGAUCUUCAUACCAUGCAUGCCGCGGUAUGCAGGUCGUUCCGGAGGCGACCAUUUUCCCGCAAGGAUCUUGUCCUCAUCAACGAGCUUGAACACCUCCACCUUCAAUGGUCUGCAACAUUUGAUCAUUUCUUUUUCGCUAUCCCCGCCGAAACCCCACAAGGACAAAUCACCUCCCGGGCACGUGGAAAGUGCCAUGAGAAGAUCCUGUUCCGCAAAGAACUCGAUAUAAUCUCCCGCCUGCGCCGGACACGGGUUCAUGAAGUAUCUGCCCUGUUCGUCCAGCCCGGUGACUUGGAAGAUGUUGAUCACAUCGUGGACAUCGGACUCGUUCAGACCAAAAGGCAGAACGGCUCUAGUUAGGUUGGAAUGGCAAUGGAAGUCGUACGAUGCUUCAGGUCCAGACAGCAAGGUAUUGAUGUACGGGUCACAUCUUGUGCCGAGCAAGUCGUGCACUCGACCGCCCGUGUUGUCGACCCCGUACCAUGAGAGGGAGUCGGCGAUGAUGGUGCACAGCGGCCGCAUGUAUGGGAGGCAAGACCAGAGACGGUCGUAGGUCGACACGUGUGACGAGUGCAGUUGUUUUGUUCGAGAAGCCCAAAAGCGUUCGCGGGGGUUGUGAGCGUUCCAAAUGUUCAAAUCGCCUGAAAAAAGAAGUUGUUAGUAGAGUGGUUCUUUAGCACAAAGCAUCCAUCCCUUUUUGGAUCUCCUAUUAUCGAUCGUCCUCCUCUUUUGCAUCG